CAUCUUGUCAAUGAUAGAUGAUAGGCUUAUUGGUUGACAGUGGUUCUAUAAAAUUAAUUUCGUUUUAUGGAAUACGAAUUAGAACCUUGCAAAUGUUAAGUGUUGUUGAAAAUUUGAAGCAAUAACGCAGCAAUACUCUCCACUUUAAAUAUGGCAGAUAGCGACGGUAACAAUUCUACUAACCCUACAGAUAAUGCCUCCGUCGAAAAUAGUAUUGUUGAGGCAACUGGGUCUUCUGAUGAUGCGGUCGAUAUCAAUGCCCAGAUUGAUGAGGAACGUCGUAGAAUGCAACCAUCAAAAAUGGAAUCAUUCUUUGCCAUAACAAAAUCGUUGAUUAUAAGGGCAUUAGUGGUUUACUUUAUCACUUCAAUGUUCCGCCAACCUGCUGCUCCCAAGACAGAUAUAAGUAAUCCUACCGGAGCACCUCGUGUUCCUGCUAUUAAUAUGUUUGCUAAUGGAACAGUCUUGGAUAUGUAUUGCUAUGUAUCAGAAAAAGAGUUUUACUCCAAUUUGGAUGACUCUGAUUUAAUUUGGAAGCAAACUGGACUUAUUUAUGGCGACUGGCUUGGAGGACCUCAAAAUGAUGGGACAUUUACACAUUCCACUAGUAUUACACCAUCUGACUCAUUAAAGAACAAUGGUUCAAUUUAUUUGCAUGUAUUUAUAGUACAAAAUGGAAAAUCACCUGAUCCUAAUAACAAACAAAAUUAUGGUGGUCCUUAUGUGACAUAUGGUAAAAAGAUGCUUAAUAAAUACAAAAAAUUAAAAUAUAUGAAAACACACAAUUUAUUAACUGGACAAACUGAGAAAUCAGCUGAAGAGAUUAUAAAAGCUGAAACACUUAAAGAAGAAAUAGUAUCACAUUGGCAUCCCAACUUGACUAUUAAUUUGGUAACUGACCAAACAAAUUGGAUGCAAGGCAGUGUACCACCUCCAUUAGAUGAGUUUAUUUUCUUCUUAGCGGAUGGCAAACAGUACAAACCUGCAGUAUUCUUAAAUGAUUAUUGGAAUAUGAUGCGUGACUAUGUACCAAUCAAUAAGACAUCUGAUUCCCUGAAACUUGAACUGACAUUUCAACCACUAAGUCUGUUUAAGUGGCAGCUCUACACAGCACAGGCAAUGAGAGACAAGUUGAGCAUGUUCUCGGCACUAGGAGCUGAAGAGCAGGAUGAGGAACAGGACACAGUCAAGGAGUUACUUCUGGAUACAUCUCCCUACUUGCUAGCCCUCACUAUCAGUGUUUCAGUGUUACACUCAAUAUUUGAAUUGCUGGCUUUCAAAAAUGACAUUCAAUUCUGGAACAACAGGCAAUCUCUAGAAGGUCUCUCUGUGAGAUCUGUGUUUUUCAAUGUUUUCCAGUCAACCGUGGUGUUGCUUUACGUUCUUGACAAUGAAACUAAUGUCAUGGUUAGAAUUUCAUGCUUUAUUGGAUUGCUGAUAGAAAUAUGGAAGAUAAACAAAGUGAUGGAUGUUAAGAUAAAUAGAGAGGAAAGAAUCUUGGGAAUACCAAAACUUACUUUCACAGACAAGGGAUCCUAUGUUGAGUCAAGUACCAAGCAGUAUGACAUGUUAGCUUUCCGCUACCUCAGCUGGGCUUGUUUCCCUCUUCUGAUAGGGUAUGGAGUGUAUUCAUUACUCUACCAGGAACACAAGGGAUGGUAUUCCUUUGUUUUGAACAUGAUGUAUGGUUAUUUAUUAACCUUUGGAUUUAUCAUGAUGACUCCACAAUUGUUCAUCAACUACAAAUUGAAAUCUGUAGCACAUCUUCCAUGGAGGAUGAUGACUUACAAGUUCCUUAAUACUUUCAUAGAUGAUAUCUUUGCAUUUGUUAUUAAAAUGCCAACUAUGUACCGUUUGGGCUGCUUCAGAGAUGACAUAGUGUUCUUCAUCUUCUUAUACCAGCGCUGGAUUUACAAGGUUGACCACAAGCGUGUCAAUGAAUUUGGCUUUUCUGGAGAGAUGGAGGAACAACAAAGACAAGUCAAGAAUGGUGGAACACCAGCCAUUACGGAAUCAGAACAACCUGGUGAUAAAAAGAAUGAUUAAGAUAUUUAUUUUGUAAUAUAUUUUAGGUAAAGUCUACCUCAGACAGAGACACAGACAUAUAUUUUGAGUUUUAUAGGUUUUAUUCAAUGAGAACAAUGCCCCCAUAAUCCUUAUAUAACCCAAGUUCAUUGCUAAGAUAUAAAAAAAAGAAUGCAUGAGCUGUUUUCAUGUCUGGCAACAAAAUAAAAAUCACAUGAACCCUUCUAGAUCGUAACAUCUCCUAAGUGGGAUUUAAAUCCUGUAUGUCCCCGUCCAUUAACACAGGGAAACAUGUUAACAAUCUCAUGAUUUUUUGAGGUAGCCAUGCAUUUCACAAGUGAAAGGCAUGAUUUUCUAGUAAUUAUUUAUGUACUUGUGCAAAUAAAAUAAAUAAAGUUCAGAUAUCAAAGUUAUUGUAUACCUAAAUAAUUGGCAACCUAAAUGUGUAUGUAUAAGCCGAAAGCUUUUGACAUUUAUUCAAUAUUGUAAUACAUAUUAUAUUCUUAGUUGUGUCAUUAGUGAUUAAACAGACUAUGUUGGACUAUGAGAAAAUACCAAUGUCAUGCUUCGAUAUUCAUGUUUGACCACUUAAUCACUAAAUUGGUAGGUGACCUUAAUGUGAAAAUAAAUAAACAAAAUUUUUUGGGUAA